AUGGUACGAUUUAAUGGGCACCAUAAACGUCGUCAUAUACCAUCAGUAAACAUAAAUCAAAACUUCACUGUCAAUGCUGUUUAUAAUAAAUUUUAUCAACAAUCUUUGGAUAUAAAUAAUACACGUAUAAUUAGUAUUGAACCACGUAAUAAAGUUUGGUUUUCAAUUGAAAAUGGAACGAUCUAUGCAUUGCCAUUGUUUGGUGAUUAUUCGGGACCGUUUAAAGUUCUAACACAAAAUCCGAAUUCUAUUGAAUUUAAACUAAAAUUCCAUUUUUCUCCAUCAUCAUCGUUAUUUUCACCGUCAAAACAUCUUCUACUUGCUUUAUUCAAUAUUUCAUCAGUCGUCUUUAAUAAUUCUCCAUUAAAUCGUUAUUUUAUUGUUCAAACACUAUCAUUAGCAAUGAAUAUAAGUGAUUCAUUAUUGACCAUACAUAAAAUAAAUGGUUCAAUGAUCAAAAUUUAUUUUUCAUGUGAUUUAUAUUCAUCAAAAGACCUUCCAUAUCAAAUACAAAAAUUAAUUGAUCAUUAUCAUUCGAAUCGUUUAGAAUUAAUGACAUAUUUUUCUUUGCCGUUAAUUGAAAUUUCAAUUAUUCGUAUAUCGAAACAAAUUACAACAACACCAAUUAUCGAGCUAAAAAAAGCCUUCGUAACAGUAAGACCACGACUAUUAAGUAAUCAAACGAUCGUAUCUUCAAGAAACAAUCUCAUUUUUUUCGAUCAAUUCUAUCAACCACUUGUUAUUGUUCCAUUAGUAAUAAUUUCAAUUGGUUUAAUUAUUUGUACAAUAAUUGCAUUUUGUCUUUGCUGUAAUCGCCGUUCAUCAUCAUCGUCGUCAACAUUACUUUUAUCGAAUGGUUCUUUUGUUACUCCAACAAAUAAACAUUUAUAUCAAAAACAUCGACAACAACGAGAAAUUUAUAGGAAAAAACAUUAUUUUCAAGAUCAACGACAAUUUAUUUCGAAGGGCAUUCCAGUAGUAUUUACCGAAGAACUUGAAGAAAAAUUAGAGCAAACACAUACACCGUUAGUUAUGCGAAUUGAAAAAGCACCAUUUUAUAAUGAACAAGAAAAAAACGAAUUGGAAAGAAUUAUGCUAUAA